AUGUGUCGAUGUGAUGCGGCAUUAUUCAAGGUUUACUUGGACCUGAGAGUGAAAAAGUCGAGAAUCAAGAAAGAGUCCACCAUUGCGUUAUACUGGAAACGAUUGAGCCAGGUCUACGCACAGAAAAGUGCUAAGUGGAUGACCGAAAGCGUUCUUUUCGAUAUUCGAAAUUGGAUUCCGACCUACCUUACACCCAAGUACGGCUUGACACAUCCAAAAGAAAAAUCCGGCAUCUUCAUCGACGACCUGGCCAUCAUGCUGAACCACCUUUGGAUCCGCGACGAGGAGAUUUUUACUCACGAGCGACCUGAGUCCAGUUAUCGGCCAAUUUGA